CGUCGUGCCCCUCCCGCGCUUGACUCGCCUCGCCGCCCUCUCCCCCUUGCUGUUAUUGCUCCCUUCGCGGCUCUCCUUCUUCUUCUUCAAUCUUCGCCCUCCUCCUCCUCCUCGUACGCGCCCACGCGGUUCUCUUUCUGCCCCCUCGAUCGAUUUGAGCAGGGAACGGAAGGGGGAGGUUUUUGGAGGAGGCCAUGGUGCCGUCGGAGAGGGGGGACGUCGCCACCGCCAUCAGACCCGCCGCUGCCGACAAGCUCGUCCAUGGGCCUAUCUCUGACAAGAAGUGCCGGAAGAAGGUCCCGAGGAAGGUUCACAAAUCUGAGAGGGAGAAGCUUAAACGCGGGCAUCUCAAUGAUCUGUUCGGCGAGCUGGGUAAUAUGCUAGAAGCGGAUAGGCAGAGUAAUGGGAAGGCAUGCAUACUAACUGACACCACCCGGAUCUUAAGAGAUCUGCUUUCUCAAGUAAAAUCUCUCCGGCAAGAAAACAGCACCCUCCAGAAUGAAUCUAAUUAUGUUACGAUGGAAAGGAAUGAGUUGCAGGAUGAAAAUGGUGCGCUACGCAGCGAAAUCUCUGACCUCCAAAACGAGCUGAGGAUGCGUGCGACAGGGAGUCCAGGUUGGGGCCAUGGCGCGACUGGAUCACCUCUCCCCGUUCCUCCCUCUCCAGGCACGGUUUUCCCAUCGCAGCAGCCAAUGCAGCCAUCUCCCAUGACAACAAGCACAGUGUUCCCCUUGCAGCAGCCACUGCCACAACCAACAGUCAUUGAGCCCUCUGCAAGACAGCCACUGGAACUGAAGCUCUUCCUAGAAGCACCCCCCGCCGAAGACCCUGAACCAUCAGAAGACCAGGAGGCUCCGAACAAUGUGGCACGACCGCAGCCGAGGUACCCAACAGAGGCAUCUUCUUGGCCUAUUAGCCUGGGACUUCCAAGAAUGGAAGAUGAGCAAAUGUAGUGGUAGCACGAUAGAUGAUAGCACAGGUAGAGAUUGAGAGGGUCUGUUUUUAAUGCAUGCAGGAAUUCCACACGAAAACACUUCUGUCCUUGCAUGAAAACUGGAAAAUUUCCUGCAUUCCAAGUAAGACCUGAGUAGAUCAGCUCCAACCAAUCAGAAACUCACUUUGAGCCUAGAGGAUAUACUACUGAAUGAUGUGCAUGUAAAUAUUUCAAUCUCCCUUUUGUUUCUGUAAACUCUAGUGAGAAUAGAACCCGUUUUAUCCCCUUGCAAA